GAUCAGAUCAUAUAUAUCCCAUCACGAGUUAGGAAGGAUGAUACCCGACGGGGCAUGUUCAAAUUGCCAUCGAAUGAUAAGUUAAGUUAGUUAUGUCAUUCUUGGCUCAUUUAAACUAUAACCUCUAGCUUAAAAACUGGGGUAUCAAGAUUGGAACCCUGAGAACUAUCAUAGAAAUAUAACACUAUAUAUAGAUGACUCAACAUGACUCGACUAACGUUUAUGAUUUACAACCCAUAAUAAUUAAUCUUUACUCAACAAUCUAAAAUAAUUGGCAUCUUGAUUGAAUACAUAUAUUUUUUUUUUUUUUCUGGUGAGAGCAUCUUGAUUAAAUAUGACCCAAAUGAAACGAAAGUGGAUUGGUGCAUGAAUGUUAAUGAUUUUAAAUAUAAUUUGUGUGUGUGCAUUGGGUUUUUUUAGUGAAGUUUAUUUUGGCUUUUGAAACAGCAAAAUACGUUGAAGAUGGAUUACAAGUCAAUUAUUUGGAUGGACGAACACUAGUUACCUUCUUGAUGGAUUGAACGCUAAUCAACCAUGUGAUUAAAAUAGGGAAAUGGGUCCAAAUCAGAACGUUUUAUAAGUCACGUUGAUACUAGAUAUGAAGCAUACAAUCUGAAUGCAAUCAGCCCACAAUGUAAUGGUUGAUUGAUCCCCUGCCCUGGCUCUGUUGCUCUAUAUAAAAGCAGAGCAUGUCAGCCUAAGAGAAGCCACAAACCCUCUCUUCUAUUUCAUCACUUAUUCGAAGCUCACAAGCAUUCCCGAGAUGGCAGUCCUCAAUAGCAAGUUGUUCUUCCUAGCUUCCAUCUUCAUUCUGGGAGCACUGGCUUCUCAGGCUAUGGCACGCUCUGCCCCUCACGAGGCCGCCAUGCGCCUUAGGCACGAGCAAUGGAUGGCUCGUUACGGGCGAGUUUACGGGAGUGCCAAUGAGAAGGAGGCACGGUACCAGAUAUUCAAGGACAAUGCAGCCCUCGUCGACUCGUUCAAUGCUGGCGGAGACAAACCUUACAAGCUAGGUACCAACCAGUUUGCUGAUCUGACGAACGAGGAGUUCAGAACUACUAGAAACAGGUUCAAGGGCCACAUGUGCUCCGCGCAACAAGGACCGUUUAGGUAUGAAAAUGUGACCGCGGUGCCAACCACCAUGGACUGGAGGAAGAAGGGUGCGGUCACUCCAAUCAAAGACCAAGGCCAGUGCGGAAGCUGCUGGGCGUUUUCAGCUGUAGGGGCCAUGGAAGGGAUCACUCAGCUCACUACCGGCAAAUUGGUAUCCCUUUCGGAGCAAGAAUUGGUUGACUGUGACACCAAAGGAGAUGACCAGGGUUGCAGCGGCGGGUUGAUGGAUGAUGCUUUCAAAUUCAUCAUCGCCAACAAGGGCUUGACCACUGAGGCCAAUUACCCAUACAGUGCUGCUGAUGGAUCCUGCAGUGCUGGCAAAGAAGGCAACCACGCUGCUACAAUCAAUGGGUACGAAGAUGUACCGGUCAACAGCGAAUCUGCAUUGUUGAAGGCGGUAGCUAGUCAACCUAUCUCUGUGGCAAUUGAUGCAGGGGAUUCCUCGUUCCAGCUCUAUGAGAGCGGGAUCUUCACCGGAGAAUGUGGCACUGAAUUGGACCAUGGAGUGACUGCUGUCGGUUAUGGUGAAAGCGGCGGGAUGAAGUACUGGCUCAUCAAGAACUCGUGGGGAGCUCAAUGGGGGGAGGAAGGAUACAUCCGAAUGCAAAGAGAUAUUCCUGCUAAGGAAGGCAUAUGCGGCAUUGCUAUGCAAGCUUCUUACCCUACUGCCUAAAACCAAAGCUUCCACUCGACAUGCAUGCAACCGUACUACUUAAUGCAUAUAUUUUAUGCUUGUAAGAUAGUUUUGUGAAGUACUUUAUGUAAUGUAACUAUAUAUUAUGUUCUUGUUGUUGUCUCCCGUAAACAAAAAGAAUUUGAUUCUGUGCAUACCUUCAAGGUAUUAUGUAAAUCUAUAUGUCUAGUAAUAAAAAUCUUCUUUUUCUUAUUUCCGUUGUUUAAUUUCCAUCAUCUACAUCGUUUUGUUUAUUUAGCAAAAUUAUUAUUCGUUGCAUUGUGACAUUUUAUAUUUUCAUUUAUAUGGUAUUUUUUAAAGGUAUCCUUUUUGUAGUAUGUUGUAAUCCGAUUUUGAGGACUAAUACGUUUGUUUUAAAUUUGCUCCUACGAUAUGGCGGUGUGAUUAACUGCUAUAUUCUAUUGUUGGGUUUUGGCUUGCACCACGCAUAUUACUUAUUUUGGUCAUGGGUUUAGCAUGUGUUAAUGAAGGCAACACUCAAUUUCUUCAAAAAAAUCAAAGUUUUGAACGAUAGGGUCCUUUUAAAUUAUUAAAGUCUAGCUAAUUUAUGCAUAAACUAGAAGUAAAUAAUGUGAAAAUCUCAAAUUUGCUAUGGCUCUCAAGUGUAUGUCAAAUCACCAAUAGAGCGUUGAAAACAAAUCUUCGUGCCUCCAAGAUAUUCACUCAUUAGUUAAACAAUCAAUUUAUUAAUCUCAAAAGGUUCAUUUUUAAAUUGUAUCACAACACUUAUUCACUUAGGAUGAUUAUUAUAGUAUGAAAUAUAGUUUUAAUAUUAUGUACUGUGAGAUUAUUCUAAUAUGAUUGAAGAUUAGUUUGAGUACGAAUAAUUAAUGAUUUUGUAUAAAAUUACUUGUAUAUAGUGCUAUAAAUAGAUGUAGGUACUUAUUUAAACAUUUUUAUUUUCAUUUUCAUAGGAGUCCAUUUAUAUUUUUACGAGAAGAGCUUCUAAUUUGAACGAGAUUGUAUAUUUUGUAACUGUUAAAUGAGAAUGGUUUUUUGUAUUCCCGUUUGCGCCAACGAUUGAUUAUUUAAUACUUUAUUAACAAAGACCAGAAAUAAAAAUAAACAGCAAAAUUAACAAUUUUGGCGUAAAAUCUAUUGUCGACAGAAAUUGUCGUCACCGAAGGUCACUCUUCGGUUCAGGAAGUUAUAUUGCAAAGUGAUCAUUGCUACAGAUAUGUGGUCGCAGAAAGUCAGACUUUGUGACGACACAAUUCGUCGCGGAAUAUUCCUACGUGAAGAAACAUAGACUUUCAACGAUCGGCAACAUCAUUAGUGUCGGUGGCAAUAAUUUCGUCGCAUAAAACUUUUGGCGACAGUAUAUGUGACGAACUGAAUUUUACAUUAGUGACGAUUGUUUCAUCACAGAAAUCUUCAGUAAUGGUUUUAUAGGGCUUUUAGCCACGACGUGCUCUGACGUUAGCUAGAAAUAAUGUUUGUUGUAGUAUAUAACUGUUAAUUAUUGAACUAUAAAUUACUAAAUAAUUUAGUUCAGUGACCGAUUUGAUUAUAAAAGGGUUAUAGACUUAUAGGUAUAAUAUGCCCUUCUACUAUGAUAUUUUAUCAAACAUGCCCUUCUACUAUUUUUUACAUCAAACAUGCCCUUGUACUUUGGAAAACUUAUCAAACAUGGGUUUUGUUAAAACUUCCAUCCAAAAAUCGUUAACCAAGACCGAACUUUGGUUUGGGCGAACCAAAUAUCUAAAAUGUCCCUAAUAAUUUCACUUUAGAGUUUUUUUUUUGUUCUUUUGUAUAGCCAAAUAAUUCUAAUAAUUUCACUUUGACGAGACCUAGAGAAAUAAAACAAGAGUCAAAACUAACAUUUUCUCUCUCAUUUAUCGAUGUCAGGUCGUCUAAAUCUCGGUUCAACCAUGAUUGUCGAUUUUUUUAAUGGAAAUUUCAACUUAAGGGCAUGUUUGAUAAUUUUUCCAAAUUACAGGGGCAUGUUUGAUGUAAAAAAAUAAUAGAGGGGCAUGUUU